CUGAGCCCUGAUUGAAUUCUCUCAGCUCGUGUACUGUAGAGUAGUAAACAGGAGGCUGGGACAGGAGGCGCUUCUGCUGCUCGACACAUAUAUUUCGGCUCGUUUUCCACCCCCAGAAACGUUAUAUCUCUAUCAUAGUGCUUUCAGGAAUGUUAUAUCCCCAUGAGGACUUACAAUGCGCGGAUACGUCGUUAUUUUAACAGCGGUUUUGCUUUUAUUAAUCUAGUACUGCAACGUGAGGUAAAAAAAAAAAAAAACAUCUCAGGGAUGCUGCGUGGUAAGCAGAGGCUGCAGUUUAAAAUAUACUACUAUGUAUAAUUAUAUUUCAGUCUGUAUCUAAGCAAGUUUAGCAUAUCUAGGUUCUUGUUUGGACUGCUCCCCUGAAGAACUACAGCCUAAUCGAUAUUGAUCGAAUGUGCCCAGUUAGGACUCAUCCUCAUCCUAGUCAACUCACAACCGCAACGCUCCUGCCUCAGUUAAUAUCGAGCUGUUGUAUCAUCCUUACCUAAAUGAAAAACAAGUCAUUCCUUCUUAAACCGUCAUGGGAGAAAGCGUUCGGAAAGAAGCCCAGAACGUCCUCCAGGAGCCACACCAGGAUCAUCGCCAAGCCUGGCUUGGUCAUCAAAGUGCUGAGGCGGAAGAAGGUUGUCAUGAUCCUCGCCUACUUUACACUUGUGGUGCUGACAAUGCUGAACCUGGCUAACUACAAAUGGCCCAAAGAGACACAGCCGUGCAGCCUCCAGGUGAGCGAUAACAGGAACUUUCAGAACAGACCAAACUUUCACGUGCUCUACAAGGCUCCGCAGGUGAAGAAGCGGCAGCUCGUGUACGUGUUAACUACAUGGCGCUCGGGCUCGUCCUUCUUUGGCGAGCUUUUCAACCAAAACCCCGGAGUGUUCUUUUUGUACGAACCGAUGUGGCACAUUUGGCAGAAGCUCUACCCUGGAGAUGCAUUGUCACUCCAAGGAGCAGAGAGGGACAUGCUAAGUGCUCUGUACAGGUGUGAUUUUUCAGUUUUUCAGUUGUACAACACUCAAGCCGGGAAGAAUAUAACCACUCUGGAAGUCUUUGGUGCCCCAUUUAAUAAAGUUAUCUGCUCCUAUCCCCUUUGCUCGUUCUAUAGAAAGGACGUGGUGGAAAUGGUGGACGAAAUAGUGUGCAAAAAGUGUCCCCCUCUGAGCCUUCAUGCGUUGGAGGAGCAGUGCUUAAAAUAUGACAGCAUUGUGAUUAAAGGAGUACGCAUUUUGGAUGUAAAUGUCUUGGCUCCUUUGAUGGCGGACCCGUCGCUCAAUCUGAAAGUGGUCCACUUGGUGCGGGACCCACGAGCCACAGCCAACUCCAGAAUUAGAUCCAAGCACGGGCUGAUUCGGGAGAACCUGCAAGUGAUACGGAGUAGGAACCCGAAGAUGCGGCGUUUGCCCAUGGCUGACCCGAACCAUAAAGCCGGCAGGAAAGAUGCUUCAGACUACCACGCCGUCGGAGCCAUGGAGGUGAUUUGCGAGCACAUGUCCAAGACUCUGAAAACGGCCCUCAGCAGUCCAAGCUGGCUCAAAGGGAAGUACAUUAUGGUGCGAUACGAGGACUUGGUGGAAAACCCAGUCAGGACCUUAAAUCGUGUUUACCACUUUGUAAACCUGACAGUUAGUCGCAACAUGGAAGCUUUUGUCGUGAACAUGACAAGUGGCCACAGUAACUCUGCCAAACCGUUUCAAGUUUCGUCUAGGAACGCAACUGUGGCUGCUAGCACAUGGAGAACUGUGCUCACCCUCCAACAGAUUCGGCAGGUGGAGGACUACUGCCAUCAUUCCAUGUCUGUUCUUGGAUAUUUACGUGUUCGCACGUUGUGGGAGGUGAAAGACCUGAGCAAGAGUUUAUUAAUGUUACCCAAGGUCUGAACCUCUGUGGUGGCCAAAGAACAAACGCAUUGUUGUUUUGCACUCCAAAUUGAGUGUGGUAGACUUUUAGAUGGGGUGUGACUGUUUGGGUAUUACGACUAGCACCAUUUGACCACUUUUGACCAAAAACAAAAAGACAAAAAAUACCUCUAUUUGGUGUCUGAUUUACAAUUUAAGCUGUGCCAAGAUAUAAACUCAGACAACUGAGAUUGCUUUAUAACAGGCGCAGCUUUGGAGCUUUCUUCUUUCCCUUAGAUGACCUUUCUUUCUAUUGAAACAAAAAAGCUUCUAAUACAUUGCACAGUAAUGCGUGGGUGAUGCCCCAAGGCUUUUAGCUUCACACAAAGCUAUGAAGGCAUGGAAAUGUACUGGAUUGUGGGAAAUUUAAAAUAUUGACUCUAUGCCUUCUGAUAUAAAUAUUUAAUGAUGCAGGGAGUAUUUUUAAGGAAUAUUUUGGACUAAUGUUCUCCUGGAACUUUGGGGUUUGGGGUCUGUUUCUAAUGUCUGUAUUACAGCAAAUUAUUUGAACUUAUUUCUGGUUAGGGUUUGAGAUAAUGGGAAACUUAAUGAGAUGAAGUGCCUUGUUUGAAGUAAAAAAAAAAUCAUUGGUUGUAAUGAAAGCCAACAAGAAAAAACCCCCCUCACGAUUCUGUUUCUUUCCUCAUGAUUAUACAUCACACUUUUACAAAAUCUGGUUAAUUAAAGUUUUUAUGUAUUUGCCUUGAAGAAAAUAAGAAAUCCGUACAUUUUCUAUAUUUUCCUUUAAAUCCCUUCAUCCUUUUUGUGUAUACUCAAGUACAGGUCAUGUGGUGUUUAAAAACGGCAAGGGAUGAUUUUACCAAACUAUUUCCUGUUUGUAUCCCAGACAUCCCUCUUAAUCGAGUCCUUCAUUCCAAAAGCAGCCUUCGGCACACACUGUCAGGACUGUAGUAACUGAAGAGAGUAAAGAGAUUAGGUUUGCCCCUCAGGGACGCUCUAGCGUCAGAGUCUUGCAGGAUUCACAAAAGUAGUGAAGUAUGUCAGGGAAAUAGUACGAAUAGCAGCAGCGCUAAAUAGGGACACGGUAUACAGGGAGGAUGUUAAGUGGACACAGAGGGACCUCAAAUGGGGACCUGACGGCUCUCAGAGCAAAGCCUUGGCAACUGCACUGGCUUCCUGCCAUCUCUUCUGUUCCACUCUACUCUUUCUCUCUCUCUCUCUCUCGCUCUCUCUCUCUCUCUCAGUCUCUCUGUUGUAAAUCAGAGGAAGAGACUUUAAAAAUGACAUCUUGCUAAAUAAUUGUUUCCUCUUUUUUUUUAAAUUAUGGAUUUGUCAAAAGAGAGACGAAGUAGAUCGGUUGAUUUAGUUUUUUUUUCUGGGGAAAAACGUAGCCUCCUAUUCAAAAUCCCAGUCCUCAGUGAUACGGUGCUACACUCAAUCACAUUUGCCCAAUUAAAUUAUGUUUUGCAAAGCAACUGUUUACAUUCACUGAAUGAUGAAACAUGGGGGGGGGACCCCAGGAAGUACACAGCACUCUGAAAACAAGGCUUGGACAACUGCAUGAACAAUAAUACACAAAGAUAACCAGGAACAACAAGAUGAAAGUAGAAUACGAAUGAAAGAUUUAACACGGAACAGGUAAACACAAUUGGGCAACAAACCAAUGACAGGACACCUUGUAAAUGUAGUAUGUGAAAGCAGUGCUCGUCAUACUGGGAAGCUUAACCCUUUGCCAUUGUGAUAUGCUUUUAUUUAUUUAUUUUCUUUCAGCUAAUAAACGCUAAUAAAAAUUUCACCGAAGGAGAAAGGACAGCAGUGAAAGCUACACAGAGUGAAAGAUACAUAUUGUAGUAGCACCUACAUGACAUUUGACAGGUCAUGUGCAAUGUUGCCAAAAGGCAUUUAAAGGGCAUUUAAAAACAAACCAAAAUAAAAGAUUUGGUUAUAUUUCUUCUUAUUUUUAGCCUUUGGUGGGGAAGCAAGAUCAUAACGUUGAUACAUCAUUUCUGAUGUAUAAACAUUAUCCACUCUCCUCCGUUUCAUCUUUAAAUCUUACUCUACACAUGUCGUACUUUCCAUAUGUUCGCCACAGCAUAUAUUUGUGGGAAUUGUUUAUAAUUAUUUCCGAUUUAAUACUGUGGACUGUUGUUUAAACUAAGCCCGAAAAAAAAACACUCUUGCUUGCUUGCGUUUUACCUGCAACCUUGGUGUAAAAAUCACAGCCAUGGCAACCCUAGUCUUGUGAGUUUCUUUGAGAAUAAAAAAUGUGGAGGAGCUGCACUGAACGUUUUGCUUUCUAUUUUUGUAGAAAAGUGUCGUUUGGUGUACAAAAAACAAAACAAAACCCCCCAAUGCUCCCUGAUAAAGAGUCAGAUCUUAUAUUAGUGGAAUGUCUUGAUUGCAGCCAGUGGGAAAUUUGGGGUAUAAGUUUAGGGGGAUCAUUCCGGACCGAGCAAAAGCAGACAAAUGACAAUGAACUGAAUCGGGCCAGUAUUAG